CGCGCGUGGGGGGUGAGGCCUCCUCUCGGGCUCUGGGCAAAAGGGAACGAAGGUUGCUACCGACGGACUCUAAGACAGAUGGUCUCGGACUAGGCGGGCGAGCGCAGGGUCAUCUCCAGGUUCGUAAAAAGUGGCGGCCAGGGGUCGCCAUGGUGGGACGUGAGGACUCCGGCCUCCGGCGCUGGCUCGGAGGAAGAAGUGGGGCGCAGGCAACGCGGAAGGCGAGGGAGAAAGCGUCCCUCCGGGUCUCCAGGACGACAGCAGCCCCGCGAGACCUUGCAGGACACCUGCGGAACCACAGCAGAGAAGCUGGGCCGCUUCGUGCCGCUGGGCCUGUGGUGACCGGCUAGGCCGCGACAGCGAGCCGACACAGCUGGGGACCGAGUCCUUGUCGUUAGCUACGCCGCUUGGAUGGUCGACUGGCAGCCACAGGCCAGCCCACCUCCGUCUCUAGAGCUCCGCCCGCCCGUGCCCCCGGACCGCGUGCUGGCAUGCCCAGGGACGAUCCGCGGGGCACCGCACGUCGUAGGUUACCGCAAGAGCCGCUGAGGGAAUCGCCGUGAGGCAAGGGAGAGCGGUGAGCAAGACUUAUGCCCAAGAGGCCCCGGCAGCCGACGGCGGCCCCGCCUCCCCCGAGACCCCGGGCUCGCGCAUCUGCGUAGCCGCGCAGCCCCGCCGGCUGCCGGAAGCCCAGGCUCCAGCACUUCCGGGAGGGGGCGGUGCCCGCGAAGCUGAUUGGUGGCGGCGCCCCACGCGCCUUCGCGCCCUUCCUGCCCUGCGCGAGUGCGCGCUGUCCCCGCCCAGCCGCGACAUGGCGGACCCGGAGGCGUUGGGCUUCGAGCACAUGGGCCUCGACCCCCGGCUCCUGCAGGCCGUCGCCGACCUGGGCUGGUCGCGACCCACGCUGAUCCAGGAGAAGGCCAUCCCGCUGGCCCUGGAGGGGAAGGACCUGCUGGCUCGGGCCCGCACGGGCUCGGGGAAGACGGCCGCGUACGCUCUUCCCGCGCUGCAGCUGCUGCUCCACAGGAAGGCGACGGGCCCUGCAGUAGAGCAGGCUGUGAGAGGGCUUGUCCUGGUGCCCACCAAGGAGCUGGCACGCCAGGCCCGGUCCAUGAUCCAGCAGCUGGCUGCUUACUGCGCGCGAGACAUCCGGGUGGCCGACGUUUCAUCUGCUGAGGAUACUGCCUCUCAGCGAGCUGUGCUGAUGGAGAAGCCCGACAUAGUCGUGGGGACCCCAUCACGCAUCUUGAACCACUUGCAGCAGGCCAGUUUGGUCCUGCGAGACUCCCUGGAGCUGCUGGUGCUGGAUGAGGCUGAUCUUCUCUUCUCCUUCGGCUUCGAGGAGGAACUUAAGAGUCUGCUCUGUCACCUGCCCCGGAUUUACCAGGCGUUUCUGAUGUCAGCUACCUUUAACGAGGACGUGCAAGCACUCAAGGAGCUGGUACUCCAUAACCCAGUGACUCUGAAGCUGCAGGAGUCCCAGCUGCCGGGGCCAGACCAGCUGCGGCAGUUCCAGGUGGUCUGCCAGACGGAGGAAGACAAGUUCCUGCUGCUAUAUGCCCUGCUCAAGCUGUCAUUGGUCCGUGGCAAGUCCCUGCUCUUUGUCAACACUCUGGAGAGGAGUUACCGGCUGCGCCUGUUCCUGGAGCAAUUCAGCAUCCCUGCCUGUGUACUCAACGGAGAGCUCCCGCUGUGCUCCAGGUGCCAUAUCAUCUCCCAGUUCAACCAGGGCUUCUAUGACUGCGUCAUAGCGACCGACGCCGAAGUCCUGGGGGCCCCCAUCAAGGGCAAGCGCCGGGGCAGAGGCUCCAAGGGGGACAGGGCCUCUGACCUGGAGGCAGGUGUGGCCCGGGGCAUAGACUUCCAUCACGUGUCUGCUGUGCUCAACUUUGACCUGCCGCCCACCCCUGAGGCUUACAUCCAUCGAGCUGGCAGGACGGCACGUGCCAACAACCCAGGCAUGGUUUUGACCUUCGUGCUGCCUUUUGAGCAGUCUCACUUGCACAUGAUUGAGGAGCUUCUCGGAGAGAACGGGGCCCCUGUCCUACUUCCCUACCAGUUCCGCAUGGAGGAGAUUGAGGGCUUCCGCUAUCGCUGCCGGGACGCCAUGCGCUCGGUGACCAAACAGGCCAUUCGAGAGGCAAGGCUGAAGGAGAUCAAGGAGGAGCUUCUGCACUCGGAGAGGCUCAAGACGUACUUUGAAGACAACCCCCGGGACCUCCAGCUGCUGCGGCACGACCUGCCGUUGCACCCUGCCGUGGUGAAGCCUCACCUGGGCCACGUCCCUGACUACCUGGUUCCCCCUGCUCUGCGCGGCCUCGUGCGCCCUCACAAGAAGCGGAAGAAGCUGGCUUCCAGGAAGGUCAAGAAGGCCAAGACCCAGAAUCCCCUGCACAACUUCAGACAUCGGAAAGAGAGACGCAGACCCACAGCUGUGCCUUCCUGAGGUCUGCGCAGCCUUGCCAUCUCCCAGGGCCCCUUCCAGGGCUGCGCACCGAGCUUCCCACCUGGCUGGACUGGAUUCCGGGGAGGCCCAGCCAGGCUGGCCUUGUGCUUCGUGACAACAGAUUGCAGCUGUCCUGAUUCGGUUUCCUGCAAGCAGGAAGCGGUGCUCAUCCCUGGCAACCUUGGGAAUUAAACUGCUUCCAAGAGGCCGGGCCUGGCUCUCUGCCUGCUGUGCAUGGUGGCCGCCUGGCCAGCAGAGGUCACCUGUGAGGGGCUGCAGUGGCCCGUCUGGGUCCCUGGGCCAGCCCACUGCCGGCCAGACGGACCAGCCUACCUCCCCUGCAGCUCAGAGAAGGUGGGCCUGCCCAGCUAGGAGCCCCGUCCCUCCACUUACAAGUUCGGGUGCAUCGUAAAUUCAGCCUCUGUCCCGGAGCUGGAGUACUGGCUCCUGUCCUGUCCUCCUGUGGGCACACGAGUGUGUUCCCAGAGUACGUGUGCUGCUGGGCUGCGUGCACCGGCUGUUGGGUGCUCCCCGGCUGUUGGGUGCCAAGCCAGCAGCUCCCAGCCUUCCCCGCCUGCGGCUCAGAAGGUGGGUCUUCUUUCCACUGCUCCACUGCUGUCAGCAGGUGGGGGUCUUAAGGGGGCAGAGUCCUAGUAUCAUCGUUACUGGCUUGUGGGCGUCCUGAGGCCAGCGUGGCGUUGGGGAGGCUGUGCCUCCACUUCGUCUGCGUGUGGUCUGUGCUUGGGGCAGGCAGGGUCUCGACGUUUCUGGUCCGGUUGUGUUUGAGGAUUUCUGUGUACCUCUCUGGUUUGCGACGGGACCGCUCAGGUGGGGCUCUGCUAGCGAGCCCCAGUGGGCCACUGGGGUUUCAGCAGGCCUGGAGCCACCAGGCUGCAGGGCUUCAGUCCACGGGGCAUUGUCCCACCUGCUUGAGGCAGGCAAGGCGCUGAGGCCUGGCUGUGGACAGCCUUCUCCCAGAUGGUUCUAGGCCCUCUGAGCCUGUCACUUCCAGUGCUUCUUGCCAGUGGGCUUGUGUCCCAGAACCAGCCUGGAUGCAGAUGCAGGAGCCUUGGGGGCCAAGAGAGCUGGUUUGAGCCUUUGUCCCUGCCUGGGGAUGGAGCCGGGGCUGUAUACCUAUCACCCUCAACAAGCCCCAGGAAAAUUCCUUGGCAUGCUGAGCUCAUUAAGUGCAGGGAGCAGGCGAGGGCUGGUGGGUGGGCGUGAUUUCAGGACGGUCUGCUCUCUGCUCCCAAAGAAGUGUAGCCAGCAUGGCUGGCGCUCUCACCAGCUGGCGGGAGUAGUGGAAAAAGUGGUGUGUCUCUGCGCCCAGACCCCGCAGAGGGAGGGUAUCCCGGGGCUCAGAAAUCUCACCCCACCCUGAGGAUAGUCCCCGUUGUGUCUCUUUACUUAAUUUGUAUAUGGGGAAACAGGCUUCUAGGGACUUGUCCAUCUGAUGGAUGCCCAAACCAGAGACGGACAGACCUUGCAUGGGAAGGGUACCCUGGGCCUGGGUGGGGUACAGUGGGGUGAGCCUGCUCUAAGCUCGAGGCAGAAGCUCCCCCAGGGAAGGCUGGCAAUGACCACCCCAUUCCUUUGCUGCAGAGUCAAACCCACGCAGAAGCCUCAGCAGGCGCCGCUAUUCAGGCAGGUGAGGGGCCUCUGAGCAUCAGGCCUUGGACGCAUCCAAGCUGUGGGCUCCACUGGCCGGGGCCUGUGAGGGGCUGGCGCUGAGCCGGGGCAGAAGGGUUGGGGUGCGGCGAGCACAUAGACAGGGACCGGCGUGUAUGAGUACAACAGGUGGGAGGGGACCCAGCAUAUCUGAGGUCGAAAGGAGUCAGAGGUGGUUGUCACCAAAAUUGGGAAAAGCUCAAAAACUGUCUUGUGUCAGAGAUAACGUGGUGACGUACUGAAAACGCAGGAGGUGAAUGGGCAGGUGUUUUUCAAGCUGGGGAGCACCCGAUCAGAUAGGCCAGUGGGUGAUAACGGGCAGGAGGACACUGUGUUCCUGGGAACCUCUGGACCCGGAGCACAAAGUGCGCGGGUGCCCUGCCGGCGGCUUGCACCCCACAUCUGCAGAGGACCUGGGACCCGGGACUCCGGAGCUCACUGCACCUCGCACUUUGGUCUUGGGGCAGCAGCAGGUGGGCAGGUGGAAUCUGUGUGAGGAGGCAUUGCUGGCUUCCCUGCCAGGAGGGAGCACCAGGAGGUCCUGCCUCCAGGCUCUGGUGUCUGUCCCUGCCGGGUGUGCCUGGGAAGCGAAACCAUGCUUACCUGCUGGGGAGGGGGCCGGACUCCGCUGGGCAGACACCCUCUCAGGACACCAGCUUGGGGUUUACCCACAAGCCUGCAGCCAAGCUGAGAGUGCCAUGCUGGCAGGCCUUCAGACAAUGUGCUGGCCUAGCUGGGCUUCGAGCGAGGCCCCUCAUUUGUCUUGGCUUACCCUGGGGUCUCAUCUGUGAGCAGGGUCAAGUGACUCACACAAGCGUUCCUGUGUUAGGACAUGCCGUGAGGACAGGCAGCCCCAGUGUCCCUGCGGGUGGCUGUGCCCAGAGUGCCCCUCGUGUUGUGUGCCCCAGUCAUGGGGGCCUGUCCCUAAGAUGCGGGUCCCAAGCACCCCCAGGGGAGGCCUUAAUGCCUGCCCAAGUACCGCGUUCUGCAGGUUGGGAAGCCAGUGCUUGCAGAAAGCCAAGCCAGGCCAGUGCCACCUGGCUUGGGACAGAGUGGGCAGGCGCUUAGAUCGCAGAUGCCGCUCUGGAACCCUAGGUGAGCGAGUGUGACUCAGGCUUGCCCUGUCCCUUCUCCGAGCCUGGUCUGCAUCAUGAGGUGCAGUGAUGAAGAGUGUCAACUUGUUUUUUUGUUUUUUUUUUUAAGAUUUUAUUUAUUUGUUAAGGAAAUGGAAAGAAAUCACAAGUAGGCAGAGAGAGAGGGAGAGGGAGAAGAAGCAGGCUCCCCACUGAGCUGGGAGCCCAAUGUGGAGCUCGAUCCCAGAACCCUGGGAUUAUGAACUGAGCUAGAGGUAGCCACUUAACCCACUGAGCCACCCAGGUGCCCCAAGAGUGUCCCUUUUUAGCCUAAGUAUGUCUCAUGCAAUACUUGCGAUACACUAAAAAAUUGUUCAUUGUCUGAAA